GAACCAGUGAUCCGUACGUCAAGUUCAAACUUGGAGGAAAAGAAGUAUUUAGAAGUAAAACAAUACACAAGAACCUCAAUCCUGUGUGGGAAGAAAAAGCUUGCAUUCUUAUAGAAAACACAAGAGAGCCAUUGUAUAUAAAGGUCUUUGACUAUGACUUUGGACUUCAAGAUGACUUUAUUGGUUCGGCAUUUUUGGAUCUCACCUCAUUGGAAUUAAACAGGCAAACAGAUGUUACCUUGAAUCUGAAGGAUCCUCAUUACCCUGACCAUGAUCUGGGAAGUAUAUUGUUAUCAGUUCUGUUGGCUCCUAGAGAAGAACAACGAGAAGUGACAAUGCUAAUGAGGAAGAGUUGGAAAAGAUCAAGUAAGUUUCAGACCCAGAGCUUACGUCUCUCAGACCUGCACAGAAAAUCUCAGCUAUGGAGAGGAAUAGUUAGUGUUACCUUAAUAGAAGGUCGUGAACUUAAGGCAAUGGAUUCAAAUGGAUUAAGUGAUCCUUACGUGAAGUUCCGGUUGGGGCAUCAGAAGUACAAGAGCAAGAUUGUGCCAAAAACUUUGAAUCCUCAGUGGAGGGAGCAGUUUGACUUUCAUCUCUAUGAAGAACGAGGUGGAAUUAUUGAUAUUACCGUGUGGGACAAAGAUGCUGGCAAAAAAGAUGAUUUUAUUGGCAGGUGCCAGGUUGACCUGUCAACCCUGAGUAAGGAACAAACCCACAAGUUGGAGAUGCCGCUGGAGGAGGGAGAGGGAUGCCUGGUGCUGCUGGUCACUCUCACAGCUUCAGCUGCUGUCACUAUCUCUGACCUCUCCGUCAACUCCUUGGAGGACCAGAAGGAGCGAGAGGAGAUACUGAAGAGAUAUAGUCCAAUGACGAUGUUCCAUAACAUAAAGGAUGUGGGAUUUCUUCAGGUGAAGGUCAUCAGGGCAGAAGCAUUGAUGGCAGCUGAUGUCACAGGUAAAAGUGACCCAUUUUGUGUAGUUGAAUUGAACAAUGACAGACUGCUGACACAUACCGUCUACAAGAACCUCAAUCCAGAAUGGAACAAAAUCUUCACAUUCAAUAUUAAAGACAUCCACUCAGUCCUUGAAGUGACAGUUUAUGAUGAAGACCGUGAUCGGAGUGCUGACUUUCUAGGCAAAGUUGCUAUACCGUUGCUGUCUAUUCAAAAUGGUGAACAGAAAGCCUACGUCUUGAAAAACAAGCAGCUGACAGGGCCAACAAAGGGGGUCAUCUAUCUUGAAAUAGAUGUGAUUUUUAAUGCUGUGAAAGCCAGCAUACGAACCUUAAUGCCCAAAGAACAGAAGUACAUUGAAGAGGAAAACAGACUGUCUAAACAGCUACUGUUAAGAAACUUUAUCCGGAUGAAGCGUUGUGUCAUGGUGCUCAUAAAUGCCGCCUACUACAUUAGCAGUUGCUUUGACUGGGAUUCUCCCCCAAGAAGUCUCGCUGCUUUUUUGGUAUGA